GUCACUCCUCGGUUGACUCGCUUUGUUUGUCCGGAGCGUCGAGCAGACUCUCAGCCGACCAACACUCACUGUCCGCCGGCCAACACAGCUGCGUUAUAACCGGCCUCAGCGCGCCUCCGUCACAGUUAUAACUGCGUAAUAAGAACCGACAGAGAUGCCGUCCGACAGACCCUUCAAACAGCGGAGGACAUUCGCUGAUCGGUGCAAAGAGGUCCAGCAGAUCCGCGAGCAGCACCCCAACAAGAUCCCCGUCAUCAUUGAGCGGUAUAAGGGAGAGAAGCAGCUUCCUGUUUUGGACAAAACCAAGUUUCUGGUCCCGGACCACGUCAACAUGAGCGAGCUGGUCAAGAUCAUCAGGCGCCGCCUCCAGCUGAACCCCACUCAGGCCUUCUUCCUGCUGGUCAACCAGCACAGCAUGGUGUCGGUGUCCACGCCCAUCUCUGAGAUCUACGAGCAGGAGAGAGACGAGGACGGCUUCCUGUACAUGGUGUACGCCUCGCAGGAGACCUUCGGCUGCUAGGGAGGAGGAGGAGGAGGAGGAGGAGGGAGAGCGGGACAUCUUCAGGGGGGGAGAGGGUCGAAGGGGGGAGGGCAUUGGGUCAGAACCACCACAGAACUCACCGUCCUCUCUCCACUUUGAUGCAUUGCAGGCCCACGUAGUAGCAGCAGCAGCCCGUCGUCCCUCGUCUUCAUCGGUCAGUACACAAGCUACAAAAGCCAGAGGACGACUUCCUGCGAGCGUUCCUACUUUUAUUUUCUCUCUCUCGUUCUUUCGGUUCCACACAGACUUUUAUUUUGAAAAGGUGGGACGACCCCCCGACGUCUUUUUAGAGUUAAACUUGAACGCAGGCGGGAUGUAACCUGAAGCUCGGCGGCGGCUGAUCGCUUCGUAACUCUCUGAUAAUCCGUGGCGUCGCUCUUUAUUUUCUCGGGCUCGCAGUGAUUGUUUCAAUUAUUAUUAUUGUUUUUUAAACUCACGUUAGUUUUUUAAUUAACCGUCGUCUGUUUGCGAUUCUCUGUCGUUUAUUUACCGUCAGCCUGAAGCUCAACUCGCCGGCCGGCUACCGAGUCGCUGACAAUCAGGCUAAGAGAUGAACAACAUGUGCAAUAUACUUACCCCUCGCCUCACCCCUUUCUGCCCUGCUGGGUAACACAACACUACUCCCCCCUUCCUCCCCCGUGAAGCUGCUGUAACGUACCGACUGCUCAGUCACAGAAAGGACGUUAGCCUCCCGUUAACAGCUUAACUUUAUCUUUUCACCCCGUAAGCACAAAAACACGACUCACCCGUCUUCCUGCACAAAGCUGACCCGCCUUUUAACGUCACAGCCAACCAAUCAGGUCAAAGUCCAGUUUUUCUUAAUUUUUUUUUUAGGCAGCGGGAACACGAAGGACGCGCUCUGCUUUCUCGCUUUUCGUGCUUCGUUUGACACUAAAAAAACAUAAAGGAGGCGAGUGUGGAGCUGACAGGAGGGGGCGAUCACGGGACAGGACGUCUCUGACAAACGCCGAUAAAUUCCCCUUAAAUUCAAGGAUCUAUCACACUUCAGAUCUGUCAGGUAAUCUAAUACAUUGGUCCAUAUUCUUAGAGCUUUUUCAAGGACUUUCAAGGCCCAAUGCCCCUUAAAUUCAAGGAUCUAUCAUACAUCGUAACUAUCUAGUAAUCUGCUGUGUCGGUCCAUGUUCUCAUCCCUAUUCAAGGACUUUUUAAGGCCGAAUUCCCCUUGAAUUCAAGGCUGUAUCAUACAUCACCACUAUCUAGUAAUCAGCUGUGUCAGUCCAUGUUCUCAUCCCUAUUCAAGGACUUUUCAAGGCCCAAUUCCCCUUGAAUUCAAGGAUCUAUCAUACAUCGUAACUAUCUAGUAAUCGGCUGUGUCGGUCCAUGUUCUCGACGCUAUUCAAGGACUUUUCAAGGCCCAAUUCCCCUUGAAUUCAAGGAUCUAUAAUACAUCGUAACUAUCUAGUAAUCGGCUGUGUCAGUCCAUGUUCUUGACGCUAUUCAAGGACUUUUCAAGGCCUAAUUCCCCUUGAAUUCAAGGCUGUGUCAGUCCAUGUUCUCGUCACUAUUCAAGGACUUUUCAAGGCCCAAGGCCCCUUAAAUUCAAGGAUCUAUCACACAUCACCACUAUCUAGUAAUCAGCUGUUGGUCCAUGUUCUCGUCACUAUUCAAGACUUUUCAAGGCCUAAUUCCCCUUGAAUUCAAGGCUGUAUCACACACACAGGGAGAAACAAUAUAUGUAAGUGUACGUCAUCAGUCCUCCAUCGUGCAGGAAGUAGUCACAUCCCGGUGGAGCUUUUCUCGGCGGCGUCUCCUCCCGACGUCGCGUCAGACGGCUUGUAAGAACGCAGCGUGUCACGGUAGCAUUAGACGAAAUCAAACGUAUUUAACGUCGGACAUGAAUGAGCUUCUUUUGCACAUGAAUGAAUAAAUAUAAAAAAGGAGUUGGCAUAGAGUUUUUUUUAGGAUUUACUGUAUCUAUAUAUAACAAUCCUUCUUUUUGUAUCUCCUCUGUCUGUCUGCCUUCUUGAGUUUAAUGAGACUUUAGAGAUAAAAAGGUUGUAAAGCACUACAGACCUGCAUGUUUCUGUUUUUUUUUUUAAAUGUAUAUUGAUUUUACGCUAUAGAUAAUAUUGUAUUGUUUAAUUAAAAAGUCUUUUUAGAUGUUUCCUGAACCAAAAACUGAAAAUAAAGAAAUGUAAGUGUAUGACAUAAA